AUGGACUUCAGGAACGCCUUCAACGAAGUGAGACGAGACACACUUCUCCACGCCGUUAAGGAACAUUUGCCAUCUAUUUUCCCAUUUAUCUCCCAGUGCUACGCGUCAUCAUCAAGUCUUUUCUACGGGACCAUCCCCAUCCCUUCUCUCCUGGGUUGUCAACAGGGAGACCCCUUAGGCCCCGCCCUGUUCUCCCUUAUAAUUCAGCCAAUCGUCGCCGCGAUGGAGACAGAGCUCAAUAUAUGGUACCUCGACGAUGGCACUGUUGCAGACUCGCCUGCGAAAGUCCUUGCUUCCCUUGCAACGGUUUCAAGAAUGGGGGAGGAAGUGGGGCUUCAUUUGAACCAUGAAAAAUGCGAGUUAGGAAUCCUGGGGGCCGAUGUGGACACGACCAUCUCAAUACUACAACAAUUUCGAGAAGUGGCCCCCGGGAUUCAGCUGAUGUCCUUGGAGAGUGCGACACUCCUUGGCGCACCCAUCACGGAUCAAGCCAUCGGCGCUAUCUUGACCAACAAGACUGAACAGUUAGCCAAGCUAUCCCAACGGCUACGGCAACUUUCGUCCCACUCCGGUUUCUACCUCCUCCGAGCGUCCAUAUCCAUACCACGACUUAUCUACUUUCUCCGCUGUGCUCCCACAUGGAGAAACUUCAAUGCCCUCACCCACUACGACACGACGCUUAGGGACGUUUUAGAGGGAAUUUUGAACUGCUCACUCUCUGAGGAUGCUUGGAUGCAGUCCUCUCUACCCGUGAAAGAAGGUGGCCUUGGGGUUAGGCACUCUGUAGACGUGGCGAUACCGUGUUUUCUCGCGUCCGUCUACAGGGUCCUGCCCCUCAUGGAUCGUCUUCUUCCAGAGGAUAUGCGUGGCACUGAUGUCGCCAUCACAGAAGGAGAAGAACGCUGUGCACCCACGCCAGAGGAUACUGCUCGACUUCGUGCCCUCCGUGACCCGUACGCCGGCGCAUGGCUUAAUGCCCUACCCUCCCCCCAGCUUGGUACACACCUCCCUAACGAAUCGUUCCGUGUCGCCAUUGCCCUGCGCCUUGGAUGUGAUAUUUGCCAACCCCACAAGUGCCCAUGUGGGGCGCAAGUCACCGCGCGAGGCUACCAUGGUCUUUCCUGCCGCCGGAGUGCAGGUCGCUGGUCGCGCCACUCUCCACGCCACGCCCGGGCUCUCCGCUCAGCCGAAGUCCCGUGCAUCACUGAACCACCCGGUUGUUCACGCCAAGACGGGAAGCGACCGGACGGGAUGACUUUUGUCCCCUGGUCUCGAGGCAAAUCCCUUGUAUGGGACUACACCUGCGUGGACACGUAUGCCCCCAGUCACCUUUCUGACACAAUUCGCCACCAGGGCGCUGCAGCCAGCAAGGCAGAAGAGCGGAAGAAGAUGCAUUAUGCUUUUCUCCUCGACAGAUUCCUCUUUGUUCCUAUUGCGAUGGAGACAACGGGUGUGUGGGGGCAAGAGGGACUGUCCUUCAUAAAGGAAAUUGGGCAAAGAAUUGUGGCUCGAACCGGUCAGCCGAAUGCCGGCACAUUUUUACGUCAACGUCUCUCUCUCGCCACUCAGCGAGGAAAUGUCGCGUCAAUUCUAGGUACUCUUCCAGCAGGCAAAGAGCUGGACGAGAUUUACUAUUUUUAG